AAUAUGUAAACAAAAAUCUUUAAAUACCGAUUAUAAGUUUAAUCAAUCAAAUAGAAUCGGAUUAUUUAAAUUCUAGAAGAAAAUGGCGCGCCCGCGAGAAUAGAUGGCGUUAAAAGCAGUGAUUCAAAUUAAACUGAAAAUUCGUUAUGUAUUUGAGGGAUAAAACUUACAUGAUCCCGCCUAUGACACGAAAUGGAGAUUGUCGUUAAGGAUUUCCGUUCUUUUAUAUAUUUUGUCAUUAAAAGACAGUAAUUUGUGUAAUUUAUUUAAUCUUGUUGUGAAAAUUAUAUUUAUAAUUUUUCAGUUUUUAUACAAAUGUAAAAGAUUUUAAAUAUGGGUACUAGAUCAAAAAAUAGAAUUAAAGAAAUGAUUACCAAGGAUCUUAUGAAUAUCCAUAAUACUUGUCAAGAAGUUAAAAAGUCUAUUAAUGAUAAUUUACAAGAUACUUUGAAUUAUUUACAUAGUUUAAUUGCUCAAAUACCACAAUCAGCUUCUGGACCUUUAAUUACAAAGACACCAAGUGUUCUAAGGAAAAGAGGCAUUCAAUGUAUUGAAACUAUUCCAGAAAAUGAUAUUAUUAUUAUUGAUAAUACACUAUCAAAUAUUAGUGUAAUAAAUGAAAAAUUAGAAAAUAAAAAUAUAAAAAAUGAGAAUAUAGAAGAAACUAUUGGUCGGAAAAAAAGAGAAGCCUCAAUGAAAGCUGCAAAUAAUAUUAAAAUGCAGCAAUCAAUAUCACUUAAUACAAAAUUACGAAGACCAUCAAACUUUGAAGGAGACAUUGUUUUAAAUAAGAAACGUGAGAGUGCAUCUAAAAGAAAAAAAUCUGCUAGAAGUAGCUCAGAUGAAGAUACCUCACAAGGUCCUACAAAACAUAGUAAAACAGAAGAGAAAAAUGAAACUCUUUUAAAGAAAAUUACAGAUUUAAAUUCACAAAAUCAUUCUCCUAUAAUGAUACAUACAAUAGAACAAGAAAAAAAUGAAUUAUCUUCUUCGAUAAGAACGAGAAGUUCAAGUAGAAAAAGAACUUUUUCACAAAGUGAAAAUAUGAAAAAUAAAAAAUCUAAUAAUAUUGAUGAUACAGUCAUUGCACCAAUAACAAAUGAUAUUGAUGAACCUUCGAUGUAUGAGGAUGCAAUUGGAAAACCUACUCCUAUUAUGAAUUCUACAAUGAAUUUCAAUUCUACUUUUACUACACAGAAAAUUAUGAAUGCUACUGUAGUUUUGGAACCUUUAUCAACAGUAAAACUAAAUGAGACUGUGACAAUUAAAAAAACUUCAGAUAAUAAUAUAAGAAAUAGUAAUGAACAGAAAACAGAUGAAAUGAAAAUAGAAUUUCAAACUUUUAAAGUACCAUCUUCUCCAUCACCUUCCUCAAUGGCUCUACAAUAUAGAAUGCAACAAUUAAAACAAGCCAUGGUCAAUAAAGAAUUUGAUGAAUUACUCACAGAGGAUGAAUCAUCUCCUGAAGUGAAAAAACCUAAAGCAAAUAUUAAAAAACAAGAAAUUAGAAAACGACAAAAACGUUUAAAUAAUUCUACAACAUCAAGUGAUGAUGGAAUACCUAAUACUCCAGCGAAACCAACUUUGAAGGAAAUUAGCACAAUUAUUAAUACAGGAUUCCAGGAAAUGAGAAAUACAUAUAAAUCAAAUGCUUUAUUUAGUCCAUAUGCUAAGGAAUCUGUAAAAAAGAGAGUUGAAGCAUUUGAGCAAGUAGGCAUGAAUAGUCCAAAACCUGCUGUUGAUAUUGAUGUACCCACUAGAAUAACUAGAACAAAAACUCGUGCUAGAGCUGCUGCACAAGCAGAAGCUUUAGAAAAUAUGAAUAUUACAGAGAAAACAGUUGCUCAUAAAUUGGCACGAAAAUCACUUGCAAAAGCCAAAAAAAUUUCACUAGCAAAGCAGAAUAAGGAUGUUGAUGAACAUAAAGAGAAUAAACUACAAUCUACACAAAAAAUUAAAAUAAUUUCAAUGGAAAAAAUAAAUUAUAAACAACAACAGAAGACCACUCCAUUAACUAAAACAAAAACUCAACUACCAUUGUCUGUUAAUCGCAUUCCUCAUACUCCAUCAAAUCAAAUUAACACAAAUAAUAAUAAGCCUUUAAGUGCUGUGCGUUCAAAUAUUAUUACAUCGGUGGAAUCUUUAAUUCAAGCUCCAAAAUCAGUCAAUAAACGUAAUUCAUUAGAUAAAAUAGAUGAAAAGAAGCGAAAAUUAAAUGAAGAGGAUGCAAGAAAAAAACGAGAAGAGGCAUUGAGACUUCAAACUGAAGAAAAAAGAAGGAAAAGACAAGAAAAAGAAUUAAGAAAUAAAUUAGCAAGAGAAGCAAAAGAAAAACAAGAUAUGGAAAAACGUCAAAAAGCUGAAAAAGAAAGAGAAGAAAAAGCACGUUUAGCGCAACAAUUGCAAGAGAAACAACGAGAAGAAAUGGAAAAGAAACGUUUGGCUCAAUUACAACGAGCUCAGGAGAAAGAAGAAAGGAGAAAACAAGAAGAACAACUUCGUUUGCAACGUUUACAAGAACAAGAAGAAGCAGAACGUAUAUUAGCUGAGCAAAGACGCCGAGAACAGGAAGCUGAAAGACGAAAAGAAGCUGAAUUAAGAACUCAACAACAAGUUGCGAUUGAAGCAAUGAAAGCUAAAAAUCAAAUUGCACAAACAAAAUACGGAUCUAAGUAUAAUGGACCAACAACUUACAUUUUGGAUAGUGAACCUGACGAUGAUGAUUCAGAUGAUGAAACUAAACCAAAGCAUAUAAUUCCAUACUGGGCGCAAUCGCAAAUACGUAAAACUCAACUUGCAAUACAACGAUAUAUUCCGGAGAGAGCAAUUUUUAAAUUCUUUGAUACCAGAAAGUGCACACCAGAUUUGACUCAACUGUUUCAUGGUAUAGAUAGAAAUAAAUUAAAACGUACAUCCAGUGCAAUCUGGAAGACACCUCCACGUUAUUCCAUGAUGGAAACUGAAUGAAAGGUAUAAUUUAUUAAGUCAAAUAUUAUUGAUUUCAAUUUGUGCCUUACAGAAGUACUUGUUAUAUUUUGUAUAUGUAAUAUAGAAAAAAUAUUACAUCGUAACUAUCAUUGAAAAAUAAUAUAUAUUUUUUUGAUAUAUCAAUAUAUGUAAUAUCAUUCCAUUUGUUAAUUUUUAAGCUAAUCAAUGAAUGUUAUUUCUAUAUUGAUCAAA